UGAGUACUGUGUAUUGGGUCUAUUGUUGUCUGCCCUUGAUGUAAAAGCAGCUCUCCACCCUGGCUCACUCCACAGGCAUACAGAAACACUGCAAAUUCGAUGCCUGCUUCUCUCCUCCCUAAUUCCCCUUCUCAGCAUUUCUAUCUCCGCCUCCCUCCCCUGUCCAAAUUUUCCAGCCAACAGCUGGAGCUGACUUCCGCAAUUCUGAUGGAAUAAAUCCAGCAAUCCUAGGCAUCCGCCCACAUUAUCGACACUUCCCUGAAGUAACGAGCCCAGAGAACAGAUUCCCAUCAGCAGGAUGUGGGAGCUCAAGGUUCUACUGCUGCUGCCCAUGGUGAGCUUUGCUCUAUACCCUGAGGAGAUACUGGACACCCAGUGGGAGCUAUGGAAGACGACCUACAAGAAGCAGUAUAACAGCAAGGUGGAUGAAAUCUCUCGGCGUUUAAUUUGGGAAAAAAACCUGAAGCAUAUUUCCAUCCAUAACCUUGAGGCCUCUCUUGGUGUCCAUACAUAUGAACUGGCAAUGAACCACUUGGGGGACAUGACCAGUGAAGAGGUGGUUCAGAAGAUGACUGGACUCAGAGUACCUCCAUCCCAUUCUCGCAGUAAUGAUACCCUCUAUAUCCCAGACUGGGAAGGCAAAGCCCCAGACUCCAUUGAUUAUCGAAAGAAGGGAUAUGUUACUCCUGUCAAAAAUCAGGGUCAGUGUGGUUCCUGUUGGGCUUUUAGCUCUGUGGGUGCCCUGGAGGGUCAACUCAUGAAGAAAACGGGUAAACUCUUAAAUCUGAGUCCCCAAAACCUGGUGGACUGCGUGUCUGAGAAUGAUGGCUGCGGAGGGGGCUACAUGACCAAUGCCUUCCAGUAUGUGCAGAAGAACCGGGGCAUUGACUCCGAAGACGCCUACCCGUAUGUGGGACAGGAUGAAAGUUGUAUGUACAAUCCAACAGGCAAGGCAGCUAAGUGCAGAGGGUACAAAGAGAUCCCGGAGGGGAACGAGAAAGCCCUGAAGAGGGCAUUGGCCCGAGUGGGACCCAUCUCAGUGGCCAUUGAUGCAAGCCUGAGCUCCUUUCAGUUUUAUAGCAAAGGUGUGUAUUACGAUGAAAACUGCAACAGUGAUAAUCUGAACCAUGCAGUUUUGGCAGUGGGAUAUGGGGUCCAGAAGGGAAAAAAGCACUGGAUAAUCAAAAACAGCUGGGGAGAAAACUGGGGAAACAAAGGCUAUAUCCUCAUGGCUCGGAAUAAGAACAAUGCUUGUGGCAUUGCCAAUCUGGCCAGCUUCCCCAAGAUGUGACUUCAGCCAGCCAACCCUAUCCUGCUCGUCCAUUCCUUCCAUGAUGGUGCAAUGAAGUGAUGUACUUUGGAAGGGAGUGGUAUGCCUUUCUGGAAGCAGAUGUAGUAAUACAGAGAUUGUCCAUUCAGUCUCCUCAUUUGUUUGUGCUUCAGGCGACACUCCUACUACUUUCCUUCUCUCCACCAAGGCCUUUAUUUUUCACUGUGACCACAAUAGGAAUUUCACUAACAGGUGUGCAUUCUUAGGCUAAGAGAUGUGACCAUAGCCUGCCCUGCUGUGUUGUCCUGAGGCUAAUGCUGUGCAGUUAGAAGCUAAGACAUCUUAGAUAGGCCAGAUUCUCAUUCACAGGGCCUAGUUAGCUUUGACUACUCUAGGGGAAUAAGGUGAUAUGACUUUUCGAUCACCAUGUUCACAUCUUUUAUAUCCCAAGGUAGAAAUAUCUAUGCACCCCAGUUCAUAAAUCUAUUUAUCAAUUUUUGGUACAAGUUAACAUGAUACAAGAAAUGUGUUUUCUUUUUCCUUCUUUGCAUUUUUUAAGUAAACCUAGUAUUUAUCUUGUCUAUAACUUAAUAAAUAGCUAUUUGGUAACAACUCAUUUUGUGUUGGAUACUGUCCUAGGUGCUAGAGACAAAAAGGUGAAUAAAACAUAUUCUUGUACUUGA